AUGGACAAACCUCCUUCGACCCGCGGAUCGCCCUCAGAGCAGCUCGCAGCUUUCACCCCUAUGGGAUAUGAGGCUUUUGCUCAACGAGCAAAUCCUGUGUCAUUUGCUGGGAUGAAAACAAUCCGUCCGACCGGUGACCCAUUUGCUGGUUUAUCUAUGGAACCGCGGUCGGGCCCUAGCCUUCCUGUGUCCCAGAUAACUGCUGCAAACCCCACUUCUGGCUACGCGCGCCCAGCUCAGAAAUUCGAACGGUCUGAUAGCUCGACUCAAUUGGCCGCGCCCGGGGCUCCUGGUCAGGCGAACACUCAGGCAUUAACUAGUCAAUUCCAGUACUCGUCUAUCUCACCUCAGUCAGUUCAUACAAUUAACGCAGCUCAAGCUUCUGACACUUCGGCUAGCCAAUUCAAUCAGUCUUUUGCUUCCUCUCAACUACCUCUUGCAGAAGCUGGUUCUGGUGGAACGCGAUACACGCCUUAUUCCUCAACUCAUACCAGGGCGCAUGUGGGAGGAUCUAAUAACCCUCUCUCUGAUGUUCAGCCAGGUAUUGCUAACGCUCAGUACUCGCCAUACCGUCAAGAAACUGGCUAUGAAUACAACCCAAACACGGGUUUGGUGUCUAGCUUGUUCGAAACAAUUCACGAUUCUGCAGCUGGAGGGACCAAUGCUUCCCCUGGAAACAUACAGAGGCUUGGAAACCCUGAUAACAAAGCUGGUCGUGCCACUGAGAUAACCGCUUCACAAUCCCUCUCUGCUGGACCUCCUGAGGCUACUGGAAAGCAUCGAUCUUUUAUGGCGCACUAUGUCCCUUUCGACACUUCACACCGCUCAAUUAUUGCUAUGUUCCCAAUUACCGAAUAUCCUUCUCUUGAGGAUGUUUGUCUCAAGCACCUGAGCACUAGGGGAAUGGUCUCGUUUUCAUUUGGCGAUCUUCGAGAUACCGUCGGUGCCAUCAACAAAAUUCGCCAAGUUCGUCCUGACUGGCAGAUUGUUCCUACCACUUCCCAGGAAAUCGCCAAUUUCCACGGAGAAAAUGGAACCAAAAGAGCCGCAUUUGCCACUGUAUCUCAAGAUGGUGGAUUCCUGCUUUCUGUGUACGCUAUUCCAAGCCAGUGGACCAUGCGACCCAUGGAAGUCACUGUGAGAGAAGUUGUUGCUUCGCUUGGCACGCUGCGUACUUGCAAGAUCAUCGAGCAGGAAGCAGGCAUGAGUCGAUACUACGUUGAAUAUUUCAACGUGCGUCAUGCAGUUUAUGCUUUCUCUUGUCUCAACGGGUUCAAGUUCGAUAGUCUUGAGUUCAACGUUAGGGAGGCAUAUGGUAGAGGGCCUGUCAUCUCUCAUAGUCGAAAUUCUAGCUGUGUCUCUCCUCAGAGCCCUAGGACCCCACAUCACCUUGUGUCCAAGGAGAACGAGGUUGAGGAAAACGUCAACGUCUCUCCAGCUUCUGAUGAUUCAGGCAAGUCGAGUGCAAAUAUUGUCCAUCCCGACCGAAUCUUGCAAGGAUUGGAUGUUCGCAGCACGGUCAUGAUCCGCAACAUUCCUAACAAGAUUACCGUGAAUGAGCUGAAAAGCAUUAUCGACGAGUCCAGCUAUGGGAAGUAUGACUUCCUCUAUCUGCGCAUGGAUUUCACGCAUCAUUGCAACGUUGGUUACGCAUUCGUGAACUUCGGUGAUCCAAUUGACAUUCUCAACCUCAUGCAAGCUAUAGUCGGCAAGGCUUGGCCCGACUGCAUCUCCGAUAAGCGAGCUGAAGUUUCUUAUGCUACACUUCAAGGCAAGGAGGCUCUUGUGAGCAAGUUCAGGAACAGCCAUGUUAUGACCCGUCCUCAUGCUGAACAACCCCGGCUCUUCUAUCUUGAGGGCCCUCAAAGAGGCACCGAAGCUCCUUUCCCGAGCCCUAAUGACGCCAGCAAGCUACGUCGUUCAGUUGCAAGCACUACUCAGCAAGGCCUCUUCUCACCCCGAAGCCGACCUCCAACGACGCCUCGCACCGACCGCGCGCGUUCUCAAUCGCAGCCCUGGAGUCAGACUCCCCGAGGUCGAGGUUCAUUCCGCACUCCCCAGCAUUCUGCUCGACGAUCGGUCCAUUAUGGCCCUGGCGAGUUUUCUCCCAUGCGACCGGAGGAUCGUCAAUUUAUCUCACACCGAAAUUAA